AUGUCGCAUAACGACACAGAGCUGGAAGCCCAGUCACGGCGUCCAAAGAAGCUAAUCUUCGCCCCGGGAGAUAUUGCACCUGAUUCCGAAACUCCAAACGCAUCAGAGACCACAGCGAACCCCACAUCAGCCCUCCCAUAUCACCUCGCCUCCGGCGAAGCCCUCCGCUCCGAUACCUCGACGCCGACCUCCACGACCGAGACCCAGAUCCUGUCACACCCUGCCCGGGCACACCAGUUCGUGACCAAUCCACCCUUAACCGUGUCCCAGAUCCACGGCACAAACCCCCUCCGCCAAUUCAAUGCCUGGUUCCGUGAUCCGCGUUUGCCUGCUAGCUCGGCACCCGAGACCUGCACCCUUGCGACAGCAUCCCUGCCCUUGGGCCGUAUCAGCUCGCGUGUGUUAUAUCUGAAAGAACUAGAUGAGCGGGGAUGGGUCGUCUACAGCAAUUGGGGCAGUCGGGAAGGAAAAGGUGCGCAGGUCUUCGGGCAAGAUGUCAGCGGUGCCAAUGCGAUUGGAUCAAUGCCUGAGCCCGGCGACGAAGGACAAACGGCCGGUAAUAAGUGGGGAGCCCUGACAUUCUGCUGGUCUACUGUUGAGCGUCAAGUUCGGGUGGAGGGUCUCUUGGAGCCACUUAGUCGUGAAGAGAGCGAGCUGUACUGGCGCACUCGGGAGCGGGGCAGUCAAAUUGGAGCUUGGGCGAGCUGGCAGAGUCGUGUUCUCUGGUCUGCGGAGCCGGGGAAGAUGGACGAGCAUCAGCGUCGCAAGAGCGUUGCGAAACUUCAGCCUAUUGAGGGAUCUACGUCUGGCGUCGAUAUCCCUGCCGAUAUCGACCAGACGGAUAUCGAUGAUGGGCGGGCUUUGCUUGAACAAUGGGUUAAUGAGAUGGAGAAGAAGUUUGAGGGCGUGGAGCAGAUUCCUCUGCCUCCUUUCUGGGGUGGUGUGAGACUGGUUCCUGAGUCUGUGGAAUUCUGGCAGGGUCGUCGGAGUCGACUUCAUGAUCGAUUCCGAUAUAUCCGCAUUGAUGGCUCGGGUGAUGAUGCGCAGUGGCGGCUGCAAAGAUUGUCGCCGUAG